AUGAGUGGAAACCGUACUCAUCCUUCCUUCCUCAACGAGCUGUUUGUUGAGGACGGUCAGAUUAGUGACUACUCCUGGGGUUCCGCUGUGCUAGCAUACAUGUACCGGCAGUUGGGUACAGCGUCACGAAAAGAUGCUGAUUCUAUCGCCGGCUGUCUUACGCUUCUGCAGGCAUGGAUCUACGAGUACUUCCCGUGUUUUAGGCCUCAGCAGGGGACCUUGACCAGAGAGCUUACUGUUCCGCGUGCGUCCGCCUGGGAUGUCGGAUCGGGGUGCCCCAACAAGAGCAUGGAGCGCCUCCUCGCUUUUCGUACUAGGUUGGAUCAUCUGACUGACAAUGAGGUGAACUGGCUACCGUACGGAGUUGAUCCAGCACGACGCGUGCCUGCUACUCUUUUCAUUGGCUGCAUCCAGUAUCGUAGCAUCAUUGAGCCAUAUAUGCCUGAUCUAGUGGUUCGACAGCUUGGAUACGUUCAGGGCAUUCCCCCAGCCAUCAUCAGGCCUGAGAAGGCAAGGAGGCCAACGAACUUGAAGAUGUAUCGAGUUGAAUUUCCGUCAGAGAUGACAUCUAUGAUGUGGACUCGGUUUGUUCCCGGUAUGUCUUUCAGUGUGGUGUUAGGUGCCCUGAGCAGACUUGGUGGUGGUGGUCCUACGGUCGGUCCUGGGUACAUGCAGUGGCUAUACCGAUUUUCUCAUCCUCGUGUUUCUCCAGUUGCGUCAUCGCAUGAGAGUCGCACACUGCCAGAGAGAACUAACACGGAUUACUGGAUGGGUCGGUCCAUGGAGGUCAUCAACAGGACACUGGAGGAGUAUCCGAGCUUGUCGCAGGAUACAAGAGUAAUGGCUGAGGCGCUACGAGCUGACUGGAGGGCGAUGAUGGGGUUUUAAACUUGAUGUUUUUUUGUAUUUAUUCGUCAUGUACUUUAAGGACUGAACAACUGUUUUUGUUUUGUUGUUGAAACUUUGUUUUGUUAAGUUAAUUUCUUUACGAAUUACAUUUCUA